AUGAAGAAUUUUUCAUUUCCUAUGCAGGAUAAGAUCUAUCAGACUGAGAGUCCUCCUCACAGAUUCCCGAGUUUGACAAAUCAGUCAGAUCCUGUUGGAAGACCAGAAAGAGAUGAGCAAUUAGCUCAAGUAGAGAUUGCUGUUCUGGGGGUCAUAUUUCUGACAGCAUCUCUGGGCAAUUUCAUCCUUAUCCUGGUGCUGUGGCGAAGAAGAAAGAAGCUCUCUAGGAUGUAUGUGUUCAUGCUUCACCUCAGCAUUGCUGACUUAGUGGUAGCCUUUUUUCAAGUGCUGCCUCAACUUAUAUGGGAUAUUACAGACGUUUUCAUAGGGCCAGAUUUCUUGUGCAGGAUUAUCAAGUAUCUGCAAUUGCUGGGCAUGUUUGCCUCUACUUAUAUGAUAGUGGUCAUGACGGUGGACAGGUAUCAAGCAGUUUGCUACCCUAUGGUCACUUUCCAAAAGAAGAGAGCUCUCUGGAACAUCCCCAUAUGCACCAGCUGGUCUAUAUCACUGAUUUUUAGCCUACCACAGGUAUUUAUCUUUUCUAAGAUUGAAAUAUCUCCAGGUAUCUUUGAAUGUUGGGGUGAAUUUAUUCAGCCCUGGGGCCCAAGGGCAUACGUGACUUGGAUUUUUGUAGUUAUAUUUUUCAUUCCCUCAGCCAUCCUUAUCACAUGCCAGAUAAAGAUUUGCAAAAUAAUCAAAAGAAAUAUAAACGUGAAAAAACAGAGCGAGUAUGAAGUAACAGAUCAGAAGCAAGCCCUGCCAUCUCGAGCAAGCAGUGUGAACUGUAUUUCAAAGGCUAUGAUCAAGACUGUAAAAAUGACAGUGGUGACAGUUGUUGCCUAUGUUCUUUGCUGGUCACCUUUCUUCAUUGCACAGCUGUGGUCUGUGUGGUUCCCCAGUGUCCUGACUGAAGGCUCAGCAUUCACCAUUAUUAUGCUCCUUGGCAAUCUAAAUAGUUGCACCAACCCAUGGAUUUACAUGUAUUUUUGUGGCCACAUUCCAUAUUGCACAAAUAAACAGCUGGAGAACACCUCAGCUCAAGAGGAGUCAGUGAUGACGGGAAGCAUUCAUCUUGUAGACAGAGACCUUGAGGAAAACACCACUCCUGCAUAAAUGAUGGAUGCUUUUUGUUGUUUUGUUACAUUUGCUGUGUUCUUAAGGUUUAUAGAUAUUUUACUGCCAUCCUGUUGUUUUCUUGAUGAGCUGGAAAAUUGUCUUAAAUUGCAUAACUACAUUUCUCUGCAGUUCUGUAGCAUGCACAGGAAGUGUCUGUGCUGUGCAAGUCUGACUUGGUUCUUUCAUCACCACCCUGCUAUCAGAAUGGAAUCUUGUAAAGACUGGCAAAGAUACAUGAAAAUAGCUUGGAUAUUUUGUGUCCUACAGUACUUUGUCUUCUGUGAUGCUGGAAUUCUAGGUAGUAAAGUUUUAAAGCUAGCUGGUCUAACAAAUUGAAAAGUAACUGGAAAGGAAUCGAACGUAAUUAGACUUGAAUAGGUUUCAAAUUGAACCAUGAAUUUUUCAUCAUUCUGGUGUAUUGUGGGACAGUUUGACAAAUCUUGAGGAGGCAGAAGAAAGUCAGAAAAAUCCAUUGCUAGCUAUUAUUAAUGCUUUGUUAAAAUUAACUCCUUAUAUACUUUUAAAAAAAUGCCUAACACCUUAAUUAUUUUGCAGAAAAAAAGAACUCAAUGUCCUUGUGACACUCAACACCUACUUUGGUUUCAAAGGUCACUGUGGAUUGCAGGAGGGCAGCAGCACAGUAAGAAUCCAGGUUCACAGCUUCACAACAUGGGUUUAUCUUCCAUGCAUGUUCCAGCCAUUAACCAAAACUCCCCACACAUGCUCAAACAUAUGCAUACUUUAAAUAAACGUAGGCAUUAGAAAUUAUACUUCCAUUUGAUUGUCAGACCAUUUUUUUUUUCUGGUAUGCAAUUUAUUGAGUGUGCUUAGAACCCCUUCAGGCUUGAAUUUGA